UCUGCUUGUACUCCCUCUCCUUUGUUUUCCUCGUAGUCAGCUUUGGGCCACAGUAAUUUCACUCGAGACCCUGUGAGAUCAAAGCAGCCUGUGAGGACUCUAAAGACAGAAACUCAGUUUUGGCUUCAUCAUCUAGUUGGUUUUUAAUUGAAAUGAUCGCAAAAAUGAGGGGAAGGUUAGGCACAUCCCCACGGCCUGGCGGGGGCUGAGCAAACUGAGCGGGGCGGGCCCUGGCAGUGGGGGCCCGCCCGGCGCACCAGAGAGACGUGGCACCGCGUUCCUAGAGAGGCACGGAGCCAGCCAGGCUGCGGUUCGGCUGCCCGCGUGGCUGGAGGAGGAAUCGGCCUCCCGGUCCGGACGGCAGGAAGCUGGACACGCCCGGGCCCUGCGGGACAGUCGGCUGACUCCUCGCGACUGUGGAGGCUGGGCCUCUGCCCUCCGGUGGGGCUUUUCACCGGGUCGACCACAUCUUUGUUGUGCAUGUUCCUUGAACUUUUGGUCUGCUAACCAGGAAUUAGACACUCACUCACCGGGUGCCCGCUAUAUGCCAAGCGCUAGGUGCUGGUGUGCGGUCGCAGUAAGAUGCAUUCUGGGCCCCCGGCAGCUCCCAGCUACCGGCAUCCCAGUACAUCUGCAUGCAUCCGGCAAGACGUCUGCCAGUAUUUGUUGAAUACCAGUGAACCUUUUUCUAGCCUUUAAGGUCAACAUGGAUGAAGCUUUGCCAGGCCCCACUCCUGAAAAUGGAGACAGCCUUGUGAAAGUGAAGGAGGAAGAUCCCACAUGGGAGCAGAUGUGCAGCUCACAGGAGAGCUGCUCCCACAAUCUGGAGGUUUGCCGUCUGCGCUUCCGACAGUUCUGCUACCAGGAGGUAACCAGGCCCCGGGAGGCUCUGGCACAGCUCCGAGAACGUUGCCAUCGAUGGCUGAGGCCAGAGACCCACACCAAGGAGCAGAUCCUGGAGCUGCUGGUGCUAGAACAGUUCCUGACCAUCCUGCCCAAGGAGCUCCAGGCCUGGGUGCAGGCGUAUCCUCUAGAGAGCGGGGAGGACGUAGUGACAGCGCUGGAGAAUCUAGAGAAAGACACAGGAGACUCAGAACAGCAGGCUUCUGUCUACACUCAGGGGCAGGACAUGCACCUACUGGUGACCGAAUAUCAAGGAACCUCCUUGGAGUGUCAAAGCCCCCAGCUCCUGCCUGGGGUAACCACCUUGAAGUGUGAACCCCCAGAGCCCUGCCAAGAGGUCGCCCAAGAAGUGAGUGGGCCUGCUCCCCAGGGACCAGCCCCUCUCCGGGAAGAGAAUCCCAGAGACCAGGCAACAGGACCGGGGUUUAACUCAGCCAGGUCCCAGACAUCAGUGAAGACUGAGAAAGCAGCAGCCCAAGUUCUUGUCCCAGAGGAGUGGCAACAUCUGAGUCUGGUUCAGAGGAACCUCUAUGGAAACUCAGCUCAGGAGAAAGUUACAAACCUCAGUCUGACGGAUGAAGAGGUUGUAACUAAAGAUGAAUUGUUUACUGCCAAGCAAGAAACUUCUGAAGAAAUGGAACAACAUGCUGAGGUCUCAGGAAUACCCAACAGAGAUUGUGUACCCCAGGCCCCUUGUAGUACCCCUGUUCCUGCUGAAAGGACAGUUUCACAUUUGAACACUCUGAAGGACCGUCACCCGGGUGACUUGUGGGCUCGGAUGCACAUCUCAUCCCUGGAAUAUGCUGCAGGAGACAUUACCCGAAAAGGGAGAAAAAAGGACAGAGCUCGAGUGAGUGAGCUGCUCCAAGGCCUCACAUUUUCUGGUGAUUCAGAUGUGGAAGAAGAUAACGAGCCUGAGACCCAGCCUGCUCCAAAAAGGCUGAAGGCAUCAAGUGUCCCAGAGAAGAACUGGACCAAAAGAGACAUUAAACCUAAGUUUCCAAGCUGGUCAGCACUGGAUUCUGGAUUUUUGAAUCUCAAGAGUGAAAAGUUGAACCCAGUGGAGCUCUUUGAGUUAUUUUUUGAUGAUGAAACAUUCAACUUAAUUGUUAGUGAAACUAAUAAUUAUGCUUCUCAGAAAAAUGUCAACUUGGAAGUCACAGUUCAGGAGAUGAGGUGUGUGCUUGGUGUCCUGCUUUUGAGUGGCCUCGUGAGGCGUCCGAAGAGGGGAAUGUAUUGGGAAAUGUCUGAUGCCGAUCAGAACCUGGUUAGAGAUGCAAUCAGAAGGGACAGAUUUGAAUUGAUUUUCUCAUACCUGCAUUUUGCAGAUAAUAGCCACCUAGAUCAAAACGAUAAGUUUACAAAAUUGAGGCCUCUCAUAAAGCAAAUGAAUAAAAAUUUUCUCCUGUAUGCUCCCCUUGAAGAAUACUAUUGUUUUGAUAAGACAAUGUGUGAGUGCUUUGAUAGUGACCAGUUCCUAAAUGGGAAACCUAUUAGAAUUGGCUAUAAAAUUUGGUGUGGUACAACCACACAGGGUUAUCUGGUUUGGUUUGAGCCCUAUCAAGAAGAAUCUACUAUGAUGGCAGGUAAGGAUCUUGAUCUUGGUUUAGGUGGAAAUCUAGUGAUGAAUUUUGCAGAUGUUCUUUUAGAAAGAGGUCAAUAUCCCUAUCACCUGUGUUUUGAUAGCUUCUUUACAAGUAUCAAAUUGAUGUCAGCCUUGAAGAAGAAAGGGGUGAGAGCAACAGGAACAAUUCAUGAGAACAGGACUGAAAAAUGUCCCCUGAUGAGUGCAGAACAUAUGAAAAAAAUGCAGAAGGGGUAUUUUGAUUUCCAAGUAGAAGAAAAUGAUGAGAUAAUUUUGUGUCGUUGGCACGGUGAUAGUAUUGUCAGUCUGUGCUCCAAUGCUGUUGGCAUAGAGCCAGUCAAUGAGAUAUGUUGUUUUGCCGAUGACAAGGAGAUCCCUCACAUAAGUCAACCAUCCAUAGUGAAACUGUAUGUUGAAUGCAGGGAAGGCAUAGCUAAAAUGGAACAGAUCAUUUCCAAAUAUAGGGUGAGAAUAAGAAGCAAGAAAUGGUACUCAGUUUUGGUGAGCUACAUGAUUGAUGUAGCCAUGAGCAAUGCAUGGCAGCUACACAGAGCCUGUAACCCAGGUGCCUCUCUAGACCUUGGGGAUUUUCGGAGAUAUGUUGCCCAUUUCUACCUGGAGCAUAAAGCAAAUGUGUCAGAUUAAGGCAGUUUGUAAAACAGACACAAUGCAGACAUUAGUAAGACAGAAAAAUCACAACUACACAUCAGAUUGUACCCAAAGCAAACCUGAUGCAUGUAUACAAUGAAAUUAUUAAUUUACAUAAAAUUUUUUAAAGAAAUAUUAGUUGAGUUUCAAAAGCUGUUAUAACAAGUAA